GCCGUUGACCGUCGAGCGCUGAUUUUCCGUGAAUUUUCUCCUAAAUUACCUAAGAAUUAAUAAACUUUCUGUGCAUCCUAUUGAAAUCCUAACGAAUGUUGAAUCAAAUUAUGCUAUGCGAGUGAAUUUUAUUCAUUCAAAUGAAUUGUUUUGCACGAGUGUCAUGUAUUUUAUGGGUUUAGGUUAGAUACAGUCUUAGUGAUACUUGAUCAAAUUAAAUCGUGAUUGUUGAAGUUUUUGUCAUGCUUUUCUUGUGAUUAGCUCAAAAAUGGAAAACGAAACUAAUCAGACAACUUACGAUGACAUUCGUCUUCAUUUUGUGUUGCCCAAAGGAUGUGACCAUGAGGACGCCUGUGAUGAGGAGAUGUGGGAUUUGUACAAUAGAUGUCCAGAGUUGGGGAUCGAACCUGAUUGGAUUCUUGAAAAUGAUUGUCUAAAGCUCAAGCCUGAUAGAAAAGACGUCUUUGUUAUGCAACUUUUUGAGGGUGAAAUUUUUGAAAAGUUGCAAGAGACCAAAUGCACAAUUGUAGGACCACCUUGUUUGUGGUCGUGUUUUUUAUCUGGGGAACCGAUUCCCGAUGGCUCUGCACCAGUAUUUAAUACUGCCAUGAGAAAUAUUACUGUAAGCGCAUCUGGAUUCUCUGUUCCAGUAAAGAACGAAAUCAGAAAGAAAGUAGAAUACAUGGGUGGAAUAUUUACAAAGCAGCUGAGAAGUAGUGUAACACACUUAGUCACAGACAUAGUAAUGUCUGCAAAAUAUGAGCGUGCGGUAGAAUUAGACAUUAAAAUUGUAACUUUAGAUUGGGUUACAUCUGUAUGGGACACAAAUUUAAAAGAAACCGUGCUUGCAACCGAUCCGGUAUUUGAUAAGUUCAAGUGCCCUGUAUUUUUGAACUUAAUAGUUACAUCCACAAAUCUUAACAAGAGGCAAAAGGAAGAUGUCAAAAAAUUAGUUAACAGUAAUGGCGGAGAAUUUAUGGGAAUUUUAGAUGGAACUAAAAUUAAAAUCGUCAUUGCAGUGAAAUCCAGUACUCCGAGUGAAAAAUUAAAGUAUGCUAUGCAAAAUAAUAUACCAUGUCUUAAUAUAGAUUGGAUUUACGACAGUGUAAAAGCUGGUUACUCGUUGCCAUUUAAAAAAUAUCUAAUUGAAUCUACUCAAGCAUGUUCUACUCCAGAAAAAAAUGCAGCGCGGCUUCCCAUGAAUCUAUCUUCCAUAAGCAUAAUACCUGGUGAUAAUAAUAUGUGUGUGGAUGAGACAAUAGCUUCUAUAACUACAAUGAGCUCCACUGGACUGAGUGCAACUCUAUCAGAAAAUGCACCUACUGUAUCAAAAGAAAAUUACUCUGCUGUUGUUGACAAACUAAGUAUUGCAGAAGCAAAAAAAGCUGGUCCUUUUCUAGAUGGAUGUAAUAUAUACUUGACAGGUUUUUCAUCAAAUCAUAGAGACAAAAUCAACAAGAUACUCAAUGUCGGUAGUGCAACGCGACUGGAUGAAAUAUCUGAAGCUUUGACGCACGUUAUUGUUGGUGAUCCUGUAAGAGCAACUGCUGAUUUACGUCUCAUUAAAUCGAAAGGCCUCUACCCCUUCAUUUUGAAAGUUGAAUGGUUGGAAGAAUGUAUUAAAGUUCAAGCACCUGCACUUGAAGAUAAUUUCUUUUUUGAUAAAAAAAAACAUGCCCAACAAGUACCUCUGGAACCUCAAUCUCCACUUAGUAAAAAAAAUUUACAGUUGUUACAACGUCCUAAAGUACCAGCUGUUCCAUUAUUUGAUGAAACAAACAAGCCAAACGAACAAGAUGAACUUUCAGAAAUCGUCCAGCAGUAUGUGACUCUUGCAAAUGAUUCAAUCUCUUCAAAAAAUAAAUCAUUGUCAGAACGAUGGAAUGCUUUAACUAAGAAACCGAUUGAAGCUUCUUUAAAUGGAGACAAUGCUGACAAUGAUAGUGCAAUACCAGUUAGCCAAGAGUCUUAUAUCAGUCAAAAAAUAUUUCGAGGAUUGAUUUUUCUGAUUAGUGGAUUCGAGGAUGAAGAGUAUACUCAGGUUGUGGCGCAAAUUCACGGUCUCGGGGGAAAAAUUGUCUCACAAAAUUAUUCAGGUAUUCCUGACUAUGGCAUCGUCCCCAAAUUUGGCGCUGAGUUGAAACACACUGUGGGAGAAAUCGUUACUGACUUAUUCAUCGAAGAUUGUAUAGAUAAUGAAAAAUUGCUCGAUGUUGCAUAUUAUCAUAGGCCUAUACUGGUUUCAAAAUCCGGGAAACCAUUGGCUAAGUGCGUGAUUGGUAUGAGUGCAUAUUGCGGAGCUGAAAGAACAUUUUUAUCCAAAUUAUCAGAAGCUCUUGGAGCAAAAUAUCAAGAUACCUUUGCUCGUAAAACGAAUCUCAGUAAAAAUGUGUACAGCAGUACACAUUUAGUCUGCCCAAAUCCAAAAGGUGACAAGUACAUUGCAGCUGUCAAAUGGCGACUACCAGCGGUAACAGCCGACUGGUUACUGUGCUGUGCUGCUGAAAUGAAACUUGUGGAUGAAAAUGAUUAUCUCGUUGGCGAAACAACUGCUCCAGAUAGAACGAACAAUUCCAUAAAUACAUGUAAAAACAGUGAAGUAGAGAAUAGCGAUUCAAAGCUAAUGAAACCACCAGCUAAGCCCAGUUCGAGAAGUAAUUUUAUGAAUCAAGAUCAGUUUGAGGGAGGAACAGGUGAAACGCCAAUUAUUCACAAAAGAGUCACAAGUCUGAUAGGCAAUAAAUCACUGCAGUCACCUUUUCAUGUCACCACUCCAGAAACUCCUUAUGGACAACUAUUCAAAGAGAAUCCAUCUCCACGAACGAGAAAAGCUUGGGCUAAUUGGAUUGAUAAAUUUCCGGAUAUGGUAGAAGAGCCUCCUUUGAAAAGAAGAUGUAGCACACCAAUGUCUCAAGUAAAACGCCAAGCAUGGGACUUUGUUACCGGACGAUUAAAUUCCCAGGAGCAGGAACCAAAUGAAAAUGAAGAUGCUCCAGAAAAGGAAAAUAAUAUGCAUAAUGGAGAGUACGAUGGUAAAGAAUCAGAAUCUAGUCAAAUAACAACUAACAGAAGGCUAUCGUUUUCGGAAGAUAGUCCAAAUAGGCCUCCAAAAAAUCCCAUCAUCAAUAUGCAAAUUGCACAACUGGAAAAAAUGCUCGACAAGGCCUCAAGCACUCCUGAAGCAUCAACGAGACAGUCAUUGAGUGCCGAACACGCCAAUCCUUAUCACUUAGAAUCAACGAUCCAAGGAAGAUGUGUGGUAAAAGAUUCUCAGCCAGAAUCUGUUGGUUGGGAAGAUCCUAUUAAAAGGAUUCCUCCACAGAGGCAGUCGAUUAUAAAUGAAGAACCUAUAGAAUUAGAAGAUGAAAAUGAAAAUGCUGAGGCAUCGUUGAUAGUUGAGGAAGAAAAACCGACACCUAAGUUUAUGUUUUCAGGAAUAAAAGAUCGAAGUGGCGCUGAAAAAGUCGUGUUAGAACUCGGUGGCGAAGUCUCCUCUGAAUCGGCCUUUGAUCCGACAGCAACGCACCUGAUUUGCCUAAAACCAUCCAGAAACGAAAAGAUUCUCAGCAGCAUCGCUGCCGGAAAGUGGGUUCUCCAUUACUUGUACAUUGAAGCGUGUAAAGAAGAAAAGACAUUCGUAAAUGAAGAAGAAUUUGAAUUAGGAAAUCCGAAAAGCGUUGACAUUAUAUCCGGUAAUCACAGCGAGAGUGAAAAAGUAAUCAUGAGAGCGGCUUACAGGUGGCGAUUGAAACUAUUGCAUGAGCCCGGUGGAGCUUUCCGAGGUAUGGUUGCUCUGCUGAUAUCGCCGAAAGACAAAAAAGAUCAGUUUGAGAGGCUUAUAAAGGCUGGUGGUGGGAUCGUUGUUGAAGCAAAACCACCUUACGAUACUAGCCCAAACAGUCGAAAAAUCACACACUGUUUCAUACAUAUGAAACAAGUCGAUCAGCAGAUUGAAUGGGCAAUGAUGGCCAGCAAGGGAAUUUUGUGCUUCCCGCCGCAAUAUUUAAACGACCAUUUGAUGGAAGAAACCUCAUUGAAUCCUCGAGAGUGCGUUCUACCGGAAUUUAAAAAGUACUUGACUCUCAUGCCAAAGUAAAGGUGAUCACGAAUUUUUUUUUUUUUUUUUUUACGUGCCUUAACGAUGUGAAUAAUAGAUUUUUUAGCCUUUAGUCGCUUAUAACUCACCCACAGCAUUUAUAAUGGUUUUUUAUAACUUGUUGUAUUUUUGUAUGUAUGACACUAUAUGAUCGACUGUUUUCCCCUGAGAGCUGUUUCUUUUUUAAAAAAGACGGAAUCUAUAAUGUGUAACAAACUAAAUUUUUUGGAUGUAUGAAAGUUGUUUAUACGUGCCAUGAA